AUGCCGUUACUCGAAUUACCCAACGACAUUCUUAUUUCUAUCCUCCAAGAGCUCGAACUCUCCGGGCUCUCUGUUGUAUCGAGAACAUGUAAGGCACUGGAAGCGCUGGUUAAUAAUUUUGGUUGGGCAGAUUAUCGUCGCAGACAUCCAAGGCAUUCCCACAGUCUUGCCUCUGCUCAGUCUCUGUGGACUUCCAAAUUUCACGUUCGUUACGACACGCUGGCAGACCGUUCAUGGAAGCACUCGAGGUGCAAGACAGACUUCGUCGCACGACCCCUCUCGCACCCUUGGAAAGGAAAGCUACAACCUGUCCUCGCCAUUAAUGAUUCCCGGCUCGUCGUUGGUUCUGGAACCACGAUAUACUUCUACAUUUUCGUCGCAUCAACUAGUGACGAAGUGCCAUCCGUCGAAUUCGAGAGAGCGGUUGUCUUGAAUGGCCGUGGUGACCAGAGACGCGACAUCACGGCGAUGACAUUCAUCAGCGGAUUGAAUGAGACGUUGCUUGUCGGUUUUCAGAACGGAGAGAUAGAAGAGGUCGUAUUCGAGGACAACACUGUGAAGCUAUUCUCCCAUGUCUUGUCAGAUUUGCAUUUCGGGGCCUUGGUUGAACACCUUUCCUAUGACAACAAUAUGCUUCUAUCCCUGUCUUCCGAUGGUUUAGCCGCUCUAACGAACCUUUCGGUGACGCCUUGCACUUCUUUCGGCGUAGAACUACAGAGACGAAGUUGGGUGUCUCAUUUAUGCAUGCAGUCGUCUACCCCCUAUGCAGCAUAUGGCACUUCCUCGGCCACUCCUUUAGCCAUUCACUCCAUUACAAAUGGAGGCCUAACCCAGACGCCUACCGUCGUCCUGGGUAUGAAGGGUACAUCCACCACGACACCGUCGUCGGCUGUCUAUGGCAUUUGCCGUGCUCCCGUAGCCGCUCCAUGGGGCUCCUCUCCUGAGAUCAUAGUUUCCGGAUGGUAUGAUGGACAAGUUCGGUGCUACGACCUCCGAUCGGCACUUAGAGGUCCUACCAUCUCAGGAUCACAUUCCCCCCUGCUGCCCGUCUUGCAACUUUCCGAUCCAUUACAGUACGAGCCUAUUUAUUCCGUCUCAUGUGGUGGUGGUUUUUCUAGCCACGUCGCAGCAGGCUCGGCACGCCAUAGCGUCGUGUCAUUCUGGGAUAUUAGAUCCCCUGCGAAGGGAUGGAGUGUCCAUGCCCCGGGUAAUGAUUCAUCCCCCGUCUACGAUAUAAUUUUGGAAAGCUCUCGGCUUUUCGGUGCUACGCAGAGCCGACCGUUCGUUUUCGACUUUGGGCCCGGUGUGUCUUCAAGGACCUACCCUCAGAUUCCUCGUCUCGAACGGGAUGGCCUCAAGAAAGGAAAAAAAUUUGGAUACUAUGUCACUCAAUACAUCCACAGACCAUCAGCGUAG